AUGGCCGCUGCUCAAGUUAUCUCCAAUUCGGGUCACGAUGACAUGAUUCACGACGCCGGAUUGGACUAUUACGGCCGCAGGUUGGCGACAUGCUCAUCGGAUAAGACGAUAAAGAUCUUUGAAAUCGAGGGUGAGACACAUAGACUCAUUGAGACCCUCAAAGGACAUGAAGGCGCAGUGUGGUGUGUCGCGUGGGCGCACCCGAAAUUCGGCACAAUUUUGGCCUCUUCGUCUUACGAUGGCAAGGUGCUUAUCUGGCGUGAGCAGCACCAAAACACCACCUCCCCCGUUGGCAGCAGCGCAUGGACAAAAGUCUUCGAUUUUUCCCUCCACACUGCGUCCGUGAACAUGGUUUCAUGGGCUCCUCAUGAGAGCGGAUGUCUUCUUGCUUGCGCGUCGUCGGACGGUCACGUCAGUGUUCUCGAGUUCCGUGACAACAGCUGGACUCACCAGAUCUUCCAUGCUCAUGGUAUGGGAGUCAACUCCAUUAGCUGGGCACCUGCCGCAUCCGCCGGUAGCUUGAUUAGCUCCAACCCGGGCCCGGGACAACAGAGGAGAUUCGUUACUGGCGGAAGUGACAAUCUUCUGAAGAUCUGGGAUUACAACCACGAAACCAAGACCUACAACCCUACUCAAACGUUGGAAGGCCACACCGACUGGGUCCGUGACGUCGCCUGGUCCCCCAGCAUCCUCUCCAAGUCAUACAUCGCCUCUGCCUCGCAAGACAAGACCGUUCGCAUCUGGACGUCGGACGCAUCGAACCCCGGUCAGUGGACCAGCCAGCAACUCGAGUUCGACAGUGUCUUGUGGCGGGUUAGCUGGAGCCCUAGCGGUAACAUUCUGGCGGUCAGUGGUGGCGACAACAAGGUCAGCCUCUGGAAGGAGAACCUCAAGGGACAGUGGGAGAAGGUAAAGGACAUUGAGGAGUAA